AUGUUGAAUAUCGCCAUGUGACAAAUAAGAAACGUUAACCAACCUUAUCGCCAAGACGCCAAUAAAUAUCGAACCAUUUGCCACCCCAAUUAUUGCAAUUCACUCUCCUCCUCAUCCAUCUUCCCACUAAGUUCUCAGGUGAUAUCUGACGGAUCUUAACGGUCAAGAUGUCUUGGGACGACGGAAAGCACGCCAAGGUGAAGAAAGUUCAGCUCACAUUUGAUGACGUCAUCAGAUCUAUCGAGGUGGAAUACGAGGGAACCAACCUUAAGUCCCAGCGUCGUGGCACUGUCGGCACCAGAUCAGACGGAUUCACACUGAGCACGGACGAGUACAUAACAAGUGUGUCUGGUUACUACAAAACCACUUUUUCGGGAGACCAUAUAACGGCGCUAACGUUUAAGACGAACAAGAAGACAUAUGGGCCUUACGGAAACAAAACUCAGAACUACUUUUCGGCUGACGCACCCAAAGAUAGCCAAAUCGCUGGGUUUCUAGGAACCAGCGGCAAUGCUCUCAGCUCCCUCGACGUCCACUUUGCUCCCAUUCCUACCCCUGGUAGCAUCAAACCACAACCUGGAGGCUCUGGAACCGGCGGUGGCGGUUCAAAACCUGGUGGUUCUGGAAAUGAAUCUGGUGGUGGCGGCGGUGGUUCAAAACCCGGUGGUUCUGGAAAUGAAUCUGGUGGCGGCAGUUCAAAACCUGGUGGUUCUGGAAAUGAAUCUGGUGGCGGCGGCGGCGGUGGUUCAAAACCUGGUGGUUCUGGAAAUGAAUCUGGUGGCGGCGGUGGUUCUGGAAAUGAAACCGGUAAUGAUGGACCAGGAAAGAUGGGACCGCUUGGUGGUGAUAAGGGAAAUGUAUUCGACGAUGUUGGUUUCGAGGGUGUGAAGAAAAUAACCGUCGGAGCAGACCAAUAUAGUGUAACAUACAUCAAGAUCGAGUACAUAAAAGAUGGACAAGUUGUUGUCCGUGAGCAUGGGACAGUUCGUGGGGAACUCAAGGAGUUUUCAGUGGACUAUCCGAACGAUAAUAUCACGGCCGUUAGUGGAACCUACAAACGUGUUUACACCUAUGAUACGACUCUCAUCACAUCACUUUACUUCACAACCUCCAAAGGUUUCACCUCUCCAUUAUUCGGUAUCGACAGUGAAAAGAAGGGAACAGACUUCGAGUUCAAAGGUGAAAAUGGAGGAAAGCUUAUUGGUUUGCAUGGACGUGGUGGUAAUGCGAUUGAUGCCAUUGGAGCUUACUUCGACACCGGUUCACAAGGAGGUAAGGGCGGCGGCGGCGGUUCACAAACUGAUGUCCCCGGGAAGAAGGGACCUCUUGGUGGUGAAAAAGGAGAAGAGUUCAACGAUGUUGGUUUCGAAGGUGUGAAGAAAAUUACCGUUGGAGCCGAUCAAUACAGUGUAACUUACAUCAAGAUCGAAUACGUGAAAGAUGGAAAAGUCGAAGUCCGUGAGCACGGGACAAGUCGUGGGGAGCUACAAGAGUUUUCAGUGGACUAUCCUAACGAUAGUAUUACGGCCGUUAGUGGAACCUACAAACAUAUUUUCACCUAUGAUACGACUCUCAUCACAUCGCUUUACUUCACAACCUCCAAAGGUUUCACCUCUCCAUUAUUCGGUAUCGACAGUGAAAAGAAGGGAACAGAAUUCGAGUUCAAAGGUGAAAAUGGAGGAAAGCUUCUUGGGUUCCACGGACGUGGCGGUAAUGCUAUUGAUGCAAUAGGAGCUUACUUCGACACCGGUUCACAAGGAGGUAAGGGUGGCGACGGUUCAAAAACUGAUGUCCCAGGGAAGAAGGGACCUCUUGGUGGUGACAAGGGAGAAGAGUUCAACGAUGUUGGUUUCGAAGGUGUGAAGAAAAUUACCGUAGGAGCCGAUCAAUACAGUGUAACUUACAUCAAGAUCGAAUACGUGAAAGAUGGAAAAGUCGAAAUCCGUGAGCACGGGACAAGUCGUGGGGAACUACAAGAGUUUUCAGUGGACUAUCCUAACGAUAGUAUUACGGCCGUUAGUGGAACCUACAAACGUGUUUACACCUAUGAUACGACUCUCAUCACAUCACUUUACUUCACAACCUCCAAAGGUUUCACCUCUCCAUUAUUCGGUAUCAACAGUGAGAAGAAGGGAACCGAAUUCGAGUUCAAAGGUGAAAAUGGAGGAAAGCUUAUUGGUUUGCAUGGACGUGGUGGUAAUGCUAUUGAUGCAAUUGGAGCUUACUUUGACACCGGUUCACAAGGUGGUGACGGAGGCGACGUCCCUAGUAAAGACGGUCCUAACACUGAUGUCCCCGGGAAGAAGGGACCGCUUGGUGGUGACAAGGGAGAACCAUUCGACGAUGUUGGUUUUGAAGGUGUGAAGAAAAUAACCGUCGGAGUAGACAACUUAAGCAUAACUUAUAUCAAGAUCGAAUACGUAAAAGAUGGAAAAGUUGAAGUCCGUGAGCACGGAACGGCUCGUGGGAAACUACAAGAGUUUUCAGUGGACUAUCCAAACGAUAGUAUCACGGAAGUUGCUGGAACCUACAAACAUAACUACACCUAUGAUACGACUCUCAUCACAUCGCUUUACUUCACAACCUCCAAAGGUUUCACCUCUCCAUUGUUCGGUAUCGACAGUGAAAAGAAGGGAACAGAAUUCGAGUUCAAAGAUGAAAAUGGAGGAAAACUUAUUGGGUUUCAUGGACGUGGUGGUAAUGCUAUUGAUGCUAUUGGAGCUUACUUCGACACUGGUUCUAAACCUGGUGGCAAUGGCGACAAUGGAAGUGGUUCCAACAGCGGUUCUAGUCCUCAAAAACUUGACGCACAAGGCGGCAAGGGAGGCAACCAAUGGGACGACAGUGGUGAUCACGAUGGUGUGACGAAGAUACAUGUAGCAUAUAGUCGAGUGAUUGAGCAAAUCAAGUUCGAAUAUGUCAAGAACGGAGAGACAAAGGAAGGACCUGCCCAUGGUGUGAAAGGAGGAGCUAGAACUAUGAUUGCAACGUUUGAGAUAAGUCAUCCCAACGAGUAUCUCCUGUCUGUGAAAGGUUGGUCCGAUUCAUCCAACAAGAUUGUCGGGAUUCAGUUCACAACCAACACAAAGACUUCUGAUUAUUACGGGUUUGAAAAAUAUCCUGGAGAUGAAGGUACAGAUAUUUUACUUGAAGUGAAAGACAAGAAGAUUGUCGGCUUCCAUGGCUUCGCCGACAAUCAACUCAACUCUCUUGGAGCUUACUUCGCUCCCAUCGCCUCAACUCCAUUGAAACCAAGCAAGAAGCUACAAGGAGUAGGUGGUGAUGAAGGAGCUUCAUGGGAUGAUGGUGCUUUCGACGGCGUUAAGAAAAUACAAGUAGGACAGAACAAUGACGGUGUGUCUUUCGUGGCGGUCGAGUACCAGAAUGGCUCUCAGAAAGUUGUUGGUGAUGGUCAUGGCAAACAAUCAUCGCUUGGAGUUGAAACGUUUGAGCUUGCGGAUGGUGAGUACAUUACGUCUGUGGGUGUCUACUAUGACAAAAUCCAUGCAGAGGGACGUGGUGUGACAGUGGUGACGAGUUUAAUAUUCAAGACUAAUAAGCAGAUAUCUCAACCAUUUGGAAUGACUGGCGGAGAAUAUGUUGAGCUUAAGGAAGAAGGUAACAAGAUCGUUGGGUUCCAUGGAAAAGCUAGCGAUUGGGUUCAUCAAAUUGGAGUCUAUGUUGCACCAGUCACCAAAUGAAAAGCUUAUUGUGGGUUGGUUCUUUGAUUUCCAAAUAUGAAUAAAGUUAUGUCAGAGGUCUACUGGUGGAUUGAGGUCUCUUGAUGGACUAUGUUUUCUGUUUGUUCUUGGGUGUUAUGUUUGUGGUCAACUGUGAUGUUUGUGUUGUCGCUUGUGGAUUUUAAUAAAAGGAGGUUAAUUUGUGUUAAGUAUAAUUUGAUUAUUCA